AUGAAUUUGUUAUUGGAAGAAUUACACACCGAGUUGCAAUACGAUGACCAUGGUCAAUUAAAUGCACCACGAACUAUAUCAAUAUUUGAAAUUCUUUACCGAUUGAAGUAUGUUGGUCCAGAUAACAAGACAGACCUGAAUCUAGGUAAAUCACUUAACAAUGUCAAAGAUUAUGAAAAUAUGGAAUAUCCAAUAACCGAUGUUUUGGCAUUACUUGCAUUAUUGAAGGUUCAAAGCAAACUUUGGAAGAUCAUACCAGCCAAAUCAUCCUUCACACCAACAAAAGUAAGAAUUUCAUCUGUUGCACAAAUAUCAGAAGAAGAUAGACUUUCGAAAUUCUUAGCAUCAAACAAAGGAAUGGAUGAAAUAGUGAAGAGUUUCAAAUUUUCAUUAACUGGAAAACAAAUCAGCAAGAAAAACAUGAAACAGUUUAAGGAUAUAGUAGCCUUGAUGAAGGAGUAUAUUAACGAUAGAUUCAAAGAUGAUAAUGCUAUGUCGACUCAGGUAAAUUCAGUGAUUAGAAAGUUAGACAAGUUGUUAAUUGAGUUAAAAAUCCCAAUUGAUGAACUUUACAAGAACGAGUACUCGAGUGGAAGAGCAUAUGAUUUACUUACAAAGUUAAAUAAUGGUACAAAUUUUAAUCCAUUAUUGUGGUCCAAAGAAACAGGAAUUUCAAAUAAAUCACCUUCGGUUGAUGUUUACUCCAAACAAAAAGUAUACGAAUACUUUGAUUCUAGAGAUGACUGUGAGGAAGAUAAGUUACUCAAAAUCAGCAUGGAGGCAAAUUUUUAUUCAACUGAUCCUUUGAAAGAUGUCCGAGAAGAUAUGAAGGACACCGCGAUCUACUGUAUUGAUAGUCCAAAUGCUCACGAAAUCGAUGAUGGUAUAUCCAUAGAAGAAGAUGGUGAUGAGUAUGCAGUGUCGAUUCACGUUGCUGAACCGACAUCUUUCAUCAAGCCAGAUUCAACUAUAAGUUCAAUUGCAUUUGAGAAGGCUUCUACUACAUACAUGCCUGAUGAAGCAUUUCCAAUGUUGCCAAAGGUAAUUUCAGAUAUGGCUGGUUUGGGUAUACCAGAUAAGGAUACACGUACAUUUGUAGUACAAUAUCGAAUUGAAAAACAAUUGCUAGAUGAAUUUAUAAACAAAAAACUCGAGUUGGCAAACUAUACACCAUCAGAAGAGUUACUCCAAAAGAUUGAAAAACAAAUAAACGCAAAAAACAAGAUUUUUUUUGCAACAACAAGGAAUUAUCGUCAGGGAUUUACUUAUGAUAAGGUUAACGAGGUGCUAGCAACUAAAGAGUUGAGAGAACAAUACAAAUUGACCGGAGAAACAAAAGAUUCUGAUUUCAACAAUUUAAUCAAAUUGGAACAUAUUUCUUCAUUACUUAUGUCAAUCAGAAGAUCAAAGCAUGCAUUUAUCCAUGCAAAUUCUAAUUCUCAAGUCUAUGUUGAAAAAUCAGAUACUUCUUAUACUGAAUCAAGUUUUGAACGUACCGACGAGAAUAAGCUUAUUAUUGAGCUUGCAAAUUCCCUGGAUGCUAUUAUUAUGAGCCAAUCGUCUAUAACCGGAGUUUCAACCUUAUUGGUUUCAGAAAACAUGAUUAUAGCCAAUUAUUUGACUGCCAAAUUUGCUUCAGACAAUAAUAUCAAGAUACUUUAUAGAUACCUUGAUCCAAAUUUCAAUGAAGAACUUGUCAAGGAGUAUAAUGAUAUUAUGAAGGAACAAGAUUCUACAGGUACUGAUCAAUUGGUUCAAAUGUAUUCAUUUUUUACCAGAGGUGCAAUUACAGACAAGCCAAGAAAGCACUUCCUUAUGGGAUUAUCAAUGUAUUCUAAUAUCACAUCUCCAUUGAGAAGAUAUAUCGAUUUAGUGAACCAAUGGAAAAUUCAGGAUUAUUUUUUGGAUAGGGUUACAGUCGCAGAUGAGAGUAUUCCAGGAAUUGUGAGUUACUUGAAUGGUCAAAAUGAAGUAAUUAGAAAUAACCAAGAAAGGGCAACAUCCUUCUGGCAAGGUUUGUUUUUAAGAACAUAUCGUGACAAAUUGAAUGAAGGUGGUGUUGAUAAACCAAUAGAUUUUAAGUUAAGACUUGUUACCAGUCCUAAGAAAGGAGCAAGUGUGAGUGUCUACAUGCCAGAUUUCAAAGGAAUCAAGGCACAUGUUGAGGUUUCUCCAGAAUUGUUAAAGGAUGUUGAAAGUGAGAAACUCAAAGUUGGUGGAAUCUUGGAUUCCAAUAGAUUACGCAUGAAACAAGUUGAUUUCUUAGAAAACGAGGUAAUCUUUGAAUACAAGUAG